CAGAAGUUUGAAUCGGACUCGGGGGCUUUCUGCAGCCGGCGGGGCAGCAAGGCGGACACAGCCUCCGAGAGCGCAAGCAGCAACCCACAACCCAGCCCGCCAGCCAGCCUGGAGCCCGGCCUGCCCACGGUCGCGAGUCCGCCAUCCCCAGCGCCCCCGCGCGCCCCGCAGCCUCCCGCCCGGGGAGCCGAAGCCCCGCACUGUGCCCCGCCGCGCCAGCAUGUCCUCGACAGAGAGCCCCAGCCGCACGUCGGACAAGUCUCCGCGCCCGCAGGUGGACCGCCUGCUCGUGGGGCUGCGCUGGCGGCGCCUGGAGGAGCCGCUGGGCUUCAUCAAAGUUCUCCAGUGGCUCUUUGCUAUUUUCGCCUUCGGGUCCUGCGGCUCUUACAGCGGGGAGACGGGAGCCAUGGUUCGCUGCAACAACGAAGCCAAGGAUGUGAGCUCCAUCAUUGUUUUGUUCGGCUAUCCCUUCAGGUUGCACCGGGUCCAGUAUGAGAUGCCUCUCUGUGAUGAUGACUCCACCUCCAAAACCAUGCACCUCAUGGGAGACUUCUCUGCCCCCGCCGAGUUUUUUGUGACCCUUGGCAUCUUUUCCUUCUUCUACACAAUGGCUGCCCUGGUCCUCUACUUGCGCUUCCACAACCUCUACACAGAGAACAAACGCUUCCCACUGGUGGAUUUCUGUGUGACUGUCUCCUUCACCUUCUUCUGGCUGGUUGCUGCAGCUGCCUGGGGCAAGGGCUUGACUGAUGUCAAAGGGGCCACGCGGCCUUCCAGCCUGACCGCAGCCAUGUCCGUGUGCCACGGAGAGGAUGCAGUGUGCAGUGCGGGGGCCACACCCUCGAUGGGGCUAGCUAACAUCUCUGUGCUCUUCGGCUUUAUCAACUUCUUCCUGUGGGCUGGAAACUGUUGGUUUGUGUUCAAAGAGACACCGUGGUACGGACAGGGCCAGGACCAGGGCCAGGGCCCCAGCCAGGAGAGUGCUGCAGAACAGGGGGCAGUGGAGAAGCAGUAAGCAGCUGGCUACUCCCGAACUGGACAGCACCUCUUCAUCUCCUCCGGCUUCCACAGGACCUUCCUCCUCCUCCAACUCCUUUCCCCCCAUCAUUUUGGGCUUUGAGACUUGAGACAAUGGAUGAAUGGGUAGGCAGGCAUCAGUUAUUGGUUACCUGGGCAGCCCUCCACUGGCUCCCUCAUCCCUCAUCCUGCUGGAACUGCACAUGGCAGGAACUCAGUCCUUCUUGUCUACCUGCCUGGCUCAGGCAUCCUACUGGGCUUUAAUUUGUGCCCUCAAGCCUCCGAGAGAGAGCCUGUGCUUGCUGCAGGUAAGGAAAAGAAACUAGAGUCCUGAUACUGGUCUCUAAAAGAUGCUCUCUGUUAUCAUUUGUCUAGUCUCAGUGCAGUGAGGAGGGGGGAAGUCACCUGGCAGCCUUGCCCUGAUUCUUGUCUGGAGAUCCCAGCAGUGGUUUGAUGACAUCCCUUCAAUGUUGUCAUCUAGUCUUUAUCUUAUCUCUAGCCCUGCCCCCGCCCAGCCCCAAGUGCUCCCCAGUCUCCUCUCUGGCCUCUGUCCAUAGCUCCCACCAUGUGUGAAACAGGGAGACCCAUUACCCUAUCCAAGGGCCCUCUAAGGGUCCACACGAGGCCUGGACUCAGUGGGAGCAGAUAGAGGUGCCGUUGCACCGCAGCUUCGAGGAAGAAAGGGGAGUUGCUGACGGAAUACACUUUCUGUCCCCUCAGUUCUCCCUCAGUUGGAACGCUGUCAUCUGCUCCCCAAAUUCCACUUGCUCAUGAAACCCCUAACUUCCUCGUCCUUUGUGGGUUUGGUUUUGUCUCACCCUUAGGAAACAAGAUGAGAAGGCUCGGAAUAUUUCCACUUCCUUCUCCCACCCCACCCCACCUGUCAGUCCAUCUCCCUUCCCUGACCUUUUGGAGAUAAGGCAUUUAAGAUCUUUUUCUUUUUUUUUUUUAAAGUCUGUCCAGGCCUUCUUUCAUUCCUGCGGGCUGUGGGCAGGCCGAAAGGACCACCAUGAGGCUAAGGUGCCCAGCAGUCCCAGGACAUGGAUAGAUGGGCCCGCUUGUCCCUUACCGUCUGCUCAUUUUCUCAAGCCAGCACCUUUUCUAGAUCUUUUAUACCUCUCCUUCCUCACCUUUGCACAGAGGUGUUCUCCUCAUCCUCGAAGUCCUCCCUCACUUCCGUAUGGUAGCGGACUCUACCCCUUCCCCAGUCCCGGGCAGCCCGAUGAUAUUGGUGCUUCUUCACUUCGGGACCCAGUUCCAUAUUUGUCUUUGGUGUGUCUCCCUUUCCCUACACUCCCAUCCCUCCUCAGGUCCCAAGGUCUGAGGGUACCAAUUGAGGAAAUACCAUCAGCCCCCUACCCAGGUCAAAACCCCUUGGUCUACCCUGGCAGUAGGGCUGCUCAGGGAAAGAUGAAGAAGGAAGAAUCCAGCCAUUUACCAAUUUAGUGCCAAUUGACCCACCUAGUAUACUAAAGAUGAAUGUGUCCUGUGCUAACCUGUCCUUAAGACAGGGUCAACCCUCUCCAACCUCCUCACCUUCCCCAAUGCUACCCACAUCAGGUUGUGUAUUACUUGGGUCCCCAGGGCUUAGAACCUUAAACUUGGGGCCAUCCAUUUCUUCUUUGGGUUAUAAUCCCCCACUUGACGGGGGAGAGGGGUAAUGAUAUUUACACACAUCUAGAUGUUUCCAAGCCCUUCAGUAAAAGAAUUUGGAAUUUUUGUCUUCGGUUUUAGAUUUUACGGAAAGAGUUUAAGAAGGGCAAAAGUUGAUGCGGGUGAGAAUGUUCCUAAAUCUGAAACUCUCUAUCCUAAGUUGUUCCCGUGGUUAAUUAAGGACAAGGGGGACAGUUGUCCCUACAGCUCUAGAGACACAAAGAACAAAGGGGUGACCUUUAUUUUUCUUCAAGCAAGUCCCCGUGGGGAUGCGUGAGCAGCUUCUACUCAAACUGUGUUUGGGUUCUGGGUCUAUAUUUAUAAUUUAUUUGAAAUGUGAUGGAUAAAGUGUCCUCAAUGGGGCCUAGGUUAGCAACUGGCCUAUCAGCUGCUCUAGCAAGGGAGCUGUCCAUGCCCACUGAGCCCUCUCAGCCCAGAGCUCUCUCUAGGGCCCAGAAGGCUCUUCCUCACCAAGAGCCUGGCUGGUUCUUGGCCACCUUAAGAGGGAAGACCAGUUCAACUUAUUACCUCCAGGGGGCGGAGCAGGGGUAAGUGCCAAGGGUAAGGCUGUCCUCACAGGACUCAGGUCCUCUCCAACCAGAGCUGGCACCACCACUUUGCCUAGUCAGGCCUGAAGUAGAAGGUGUCUGGUUUCUCUAACUGUUACAGGAGGCCAACAAGCAGGGCAUUUGCCCUUUGCCCUGAUAGACUCUGACCAUGUGGAGGUGCCCAGCCAGGCCCUUUCUUAGACAUUAGUUCCCUUUAACAUCUUGACCAUGGGUCUCCUAAUGCUGCGACUGCAGAUCAAGUAUGAGGGGGAGAAUGUUGCAUGUUGUUUUCUGGUGCUUGUUAUUACACAUUUGAAUAAACAGUGCUGCGAACAUUUGCCACUAAGAAGCCAAGACAGGAGGCUCUCUGGGGAUUUCUUUCCUGUCCUCUCCCCUUGUUCUGUGUUCUUGGGCGAAUAUCAGCGUUUCUACCAAGACAUUACUCGACUCUUCUCUACUCCGCACCCUAGGUGAUAGUCUGCUGGCUGAGCAAUUGUUCUUGGCAAGGCCCAGUCUGGUGACAUCGACUCUUUUGGUGGCACCCAAUUAGUCCAAAGAAACUGAGACUCAUUAGCAAAUUUGGACCAAGCUCAAAAGGCAAAAGAUAGUCGCUUCCACAGUGCUGUCUCCAUUUGCUCUCCUACCAUCUGUGACCCAAAGGAGGAGUCGGGGGCCAUAUGCUCCCCUCUCUACUAUGAGGUUCAUACCGCACAAGCUUGCACCUCCAUCUCCCUCAGACAGACAACCGUGUGCCACAUUUACAUUCCCUAGAGAAAUGUGCUUGGACACAGUUUUACAUUUAAUCUCAUCAGA